GCCAACCCAACCCAACCCGUGAGGCCGCAUCCUUCCCGACUCUAAAACCUUAUCUCCCCACUAUCAGUCCCUUCCUUUCCCCUCCCUUCCAUUCACUCUUCCUCACAACCCAAUCCCGAAACAAACACUCGCUUCGUCACUCUUGAGAGUGCAGCGAAACCAAACCCAAAACACCUUUUAUUUCUCUUCUCACAGUCACAGCCUCCAUGGACGCCUCCAAGCUUUCUGCUUCAGAAGAGGUUCAGCACCUCACAAACUCAUCAGGUUCUUCCCUCUCCUCUCCAACCUCCGCUUCUUAUCCCUCACAGUAUUCUGAUGUUGAUGGUUUACCGAAAAUUCAUGUUUUGAAAACAGAUAAUGACGAGAAAUUUAAUGGUGGCCGUGGUGACGGUAGUGAUGGUGGGUCUGAGACUGAGGGUUUUGUGAGCGGGGAAGAGGAUUUUGAUUCCGAGAGGGCAUUUGUGAGAGGCUUAGAUAAAGAAAUCGUAGUUAAAGCUAUUGCAGGGGAAGAAGAUUCCCCAGUCAAGUUUGUCAAUUCAUCGGAAUUUUUCUAUCCCAGUAGCCAGAGGCCGAUUGCCAAGGUCUCAGUGGAUGAUGAUGAUGGCGAGGAAGAUGAUGGGGAUUCGAAAUAUGAUGUUUUGGGGGCUGAGGAUGUGGUCAGGGAGUCUUUUGUUACUGAUAGGGAUUUGAAGACUGUUGGGGGUGAGAGUUCUGUGGAGAACUUGGGAACGAACGGUGAGAUUUUGGUGGAUACUGGUUUGGGCAAGAAUGCAAAUUUUGGUGAAUUGGUGAAAGAAAAUGGUGUAAGUGGUGGCCAAGGGCAUGUCCUUGAUGCCUUGGUAGGCGGUGAAGUAGAUAAGGAGCUUGAUAAUUCGAAAUUUGUUGAGGGUGUAGGUUCUGUGGUUGAGGGAAGUUCGGUGCCGGAGACGCAAUUGGAGAUGACUGAAAUAGAAAAUAAGAAGGCUGUAGAGUCUAAGGAAGGCGAUGUACUCAAUGGCACAUCAGAAGUUGAAAUAGAGAGUAAAGAGAAUGGUGGAGUGGUUGAAGAAGACAGUACAGUUUUGGGUGGUGUUGAUGAGAAAGAGAACUCUUUGAUUGUAGAACUAGCUGAUGAUAAGUUGGCUGAAAAGGAUGGUGUGGAUUCCGAGUCUGACAGAGUGGCAGUUGCUGAGUCUGGGAAUGUGGAAGUUCAUGGACAGAAAGAUGUUGUUGCUGGUGCUGAUGAAGUUGGUUUUGAGAAGAGGCCAGAAAGAGAAGAUGAACUAAAAUCUGAUUCUGAAACCAGACAGAAAGGGCUCACGACAGAGCUAGAUACUGAUGAAGUAGAAGUGGUGUCAGGUGACGAACCUUUUGUAGGGGAUGGAGCUGAAUCCCAAAGUGUGAACUGUGCUUCUGAUUUAGCACAACAUGAACCGGCGGAUGAGGCAAGACCAGAUAAUUCUAAUUUUGGUGUACAUGAUCUAGUAGAUGAAUUGGAAGCCGCAGUCUCUGUAAAAUCUCUGGCCCCUGAGUUUGUGGAACCGAGUUCCACUAACCAAGAAAUAAAGCUAGAAGAGGAAGUUCAGAAGAAGCAUUUCCCAGAUGAAGGUGGCAAUGAAUCGGUGAACGCAAAUUCCAUUUUGGACCGAGAGAUAAAGGUAGAAACUGAAGAUGAUGAUAAUGAUCUUCAAGAUAAUGAUAAGGAUCUUCAAGAUGAUGAUGAUGAUGAUGAUGAUAAGGAUCUCCAAGAUGAUGAAGGGGAGAAUGAAGGUUCAAUAGCAGAUGGUAACAACGAAGGUAUGAUCUUUGGAAGCUCUGAAGCUGCUAAACAAUUCUUGGAAGAAUUGGAGCGAGGAUCAGACUCGGAUGAAGAAGUGGACACUGACGAGGAAGGGGGUGGAAAAGAGUUAUUUGAUGCUGCUUCACUGGCAGCUCUUCUGAAAGCAUCAACAGCUGCUCCCUCAGAUGGUGGCAAUGUUACAAUUACCACCCCAGAUGGAUCCCGGCUUUUCUCCAUUGAGCGUCCUGCUGGUUUGGGAUCUUCAAUCCGCUCUUUGAAACCUGCUUCACGACCAAACAAUUCUAAUCUCUUUACAUCUUCAAAUGUCACAGUUGGGGGAGAAUCUGAGAACUUGAGUGAUGAAGAGAAAGCGAAACUGGAAAAGUUUCAACAGAUAAGGGUUCAAUUCUUAAGGCUUGUUCAGAGAUUAGGUGUUUCUACAGAAGAUUCAGUAGCUAGGCAGGUUCUAUACCGCCUAGCUCUUCUUUCAGGGAGGCAAAACAGUCGAGAAUUUAGCCCCGAUGCUGCGAAGAUGACAGCUCUCCAGCUUGAAGCAGAGGGGAAAGAUGAUUUGAACUUCUCCUUGAACAUACUGGUUCUUGGGAAAACGGGUGUUGGGAAGAGUGCUACUAUAAAUUCAAUUUUUGGUGAAGAAAAGACCCCAAUUUAUGCAUUUGGACCUGCAACAACUACUGUCAAAGAAAUUGUUGGAGUGGUCGAUGGAGUCAAGAUUAGGGUUUUUGAUACACCAGGUCUUAAAUCUGCUGCAAUGGAACAGAAUGUAAAUCGUAAAAUCUUAUCCCUUGUACAGAAGUUCACGAAAAAAUGCGCCCCAGAUAUUGUCCUCUAUGUGGAUCGGUUGGAUACCCGAAGUAGGGAUCUAAAUGAUGUGCCAUUAUUGAGAUCAAUUACUAGUGCCUUUGGUCCUUCAAUUUGGAGAAGUACCAUAGUCACUCUAACCCAUGGCGCUUCUGCUCCUCCUGAUGGACCAUUAGGUUCCCCUCUGAAUUAUGAGUUGUUUGUUGCUCAGCGGUCUCAGAUCCUCCAGCAGACCAUUGGACAAGCUGUUGGUGAGCUAAGGUUUAUGAGUCCAAGUAUGAUGAGUCCAAUAUGUCUUGUAGAGAACCACCACUCUUGUCGGAAGAAUAGAGAUGGUCAGAAAGUGCUCCCUAAUGGUCAAAGUUGGAGACCCAAGCUAUUGCUUUUAAGCUACUCUAUGAAGAUUUUAUCUGAGGCGACUAAUCUCUCAAAACCUCAGGAAUCAUUUGAUAACCGUAAGCUCUUUGGUUUCCGUUCCCGUUCACCUCCUCUUCCAUACUUGUUGAAUUGGCUGUUGCAGCCUCGCCCCCAUCCAAAGCUGUCUUCUGAUCAAGAGAAUGCUGAUUCAGACAUCGACUUGGAUGACUUGUCUGAUUCUGAUCAAGAGGAAGAAGAGGAUGAGUAUGAUCAGCUUCCAUCAUUCAAGCCUCUCAAGAAAGCUCAGAUUGCUAAGCUUAGCAAAGAGCAGAGGAAGGCGUACACUGAGGAGUACGAUUAUAGGGUUAAGCUCCUCCAGAAGAAGUUGUGGAGAGAAGAGUUGAGAAGAAUGAAAGAAAUGAAGAAGAAGGGUAAGGUUGGUGCAGAUGAUUACGGUUAUCUGGGUGAAGAAGAUCCAGAAAAUGGUGGUCCAGCAGCUGUUCCAGUACCUUUACCUGAUUUGGUUCUGCCACCUUCUUUUGAUAGUGAAAAUCCAGCUUACAGGUACCGCUUAUUGGAGCCAACUUCUCAGUUCUCGGCAAGGCCCGUAUUGGGUGUCCAAGGGUGGGACCACGACUGUGGGUAUGAUAGUGUCAACCUUGAACAUAGUCUAGCCGUUGCUAAUUCUUUUCCAGCAGCUGUUACUGUUCAGCUUACUAAGGAUAAGAAAGAUUUCACUAUGCAUUUGGAUUCCUCAGUUGCUGCCAAGCAUGGGGAGAAUGGAUCAAGCAUGGCAGGUUUUGACAUUCAAAACAUUGGAAAGCAAUUUGCAUACAUUGUCAGAGGAGACACCAAAUUCAAAAAUUUCAAGAGGAACAAGACAGGUGCCGGAGUAGCUGUGACAUUUUUAGGUGAAAGUGUGUCCACUGGACUCAAAGUUGAGGAUCAGAUUGCACUUGGCAAGCGUGUGAUAUUGGUUGGUACUGCUGGGACUGUCCGAUCGCAGGGUGAAUCCGUACAUGGAGCGAAUUUUGAGGUGCGGCUGAGGGAAGCAGAUUAUCCAAUUGGCCAAGAUCAAUCCUCAGUUGGUCUGUCUCUAGUGAAGUUUAGGGGUGACUUGGCCUUGAUGGUAAAUCUUGUGUCCCAGUUUUCCCUUGGGCGAAACUACAAGAUGACUGUUCGUGCAGGAGUGAACAACAAGCUCAGUGGACAGAUUUCUGUUAGAACAAGCAGCUCUGAACAACUUCAAAUUGCGCUCGUGGCUGUUCUUCCGAUUGUUAGGGCCAUCUGCAACACUAUCUGGCCCAGUGCUAGUGAGAAUUACUCAAUCUACUAGAUUAUGUUUUAUUUACUCAUCAUAUGUUUCCAUUAGAUGAUGUUUUUUUUUUAAUGAGGUCAAUGUUAUGAUCUUGUUGAAUGAUGCUUAAAUUUGUUUUGAUCUGGAGUUUGCUCUCACUUUAUUGUUAAAAAAAUGAGAUGGAACCACCUAGAGGGAAGGGAAUUUAGUUUUACCAUUGUUUCACAUGUUCAAUAAGAUGUUGCUGUUAUGAAUCUGUUCGAGGAUUAUGCGAUUUCAACAUGAAGAGAAGUUUUGAA